AUGGCUUCCACUAAUGACCUUCCCCGCAUCCGAGCAUGUCUCUUCGACAUGGACGGCUUGUUGAUUGACUCAGAGGAUUUGUACUCCAUAAUCACCAACGAAAUCCUCCAGAAGUACGGCAGACCCCUGCUUCCCUGGUCAAUUAAGGCGCAACUGCAGGGUCGGCCCCAGCCUGAGGCUGGCAAAAUCUUCAAUGACUUUGCCCAGCUCCCUAUCACCGAGGAGCAGCUGAAUGAGGAGCGAUCAGCUCUCCAGCAACACUAUUUCCCCAAAUCACAGCCGCUCCCCGGUGUGCCGACUCUGUUGUCCAACCUUGUGUCGACGCAGUCAACCGACGAGCCCGUGUACAUCGCGCUAGCAACAUCAUCGCACAGAGGCAACUACAAAUUAAAGACCGAUCAUUUGACAGAGCUUUUCUCGGCAUUCCCUGAACCUAACAAGGUUCUUGGUGAUGAUCCGCGCAUCGGCAAGGGUCGAGGCAAGCCUCUUCCUGAUAUCUACUUGCUUGCAUUGGAGACUAUCAACAUUGAGCUGCGCAACAAGGGGAAGACAGAGAUCAAGCCGGAGGAGUGCCUCGUAUUUGAGGAUGCGGUUCCGGGAGUCGAAGCUGGUCGUCGUGCCGGUAUGCAGGUUGCCUGGUGUCCUCACCCGGGUCUCCUAGAAGCCUUCAAGGGCCGUGAGGAAGAGGUUCUCGCUGGAGCCACCGGUUCGCAUAAGGAAGAAGAGAAGUCCGAUGCUGAGAAAGAGGCAGAGGAGCUCCAGGCUUGGCGUCUGCAAGGAUCCGGAACCCCUGGCAAGAUCGGUGAUGGGUUUGGUCAGCUCUAUUCCACCCUGGAAGACUUCCCAUAUGCCAAAUAUGGCAUUCGGAUUCCUUGA